AUGAAGGUGGUGUAUAUGGACGCCAGUGUAGAGGGUGGCAAACAAGUUGUUCGGGAGAAAGUUGCCACUGGGAAGUUUAUCCUUGGAGAGCCAAGUGCCCUUGUGGAGCAUACCCAAGCGAUGCACGCCUCUUUGAAAACCUUCGUGAAUACGGACUUUUCCUCAUACCUUCGUCUCAGUGAGCUAGAUAUGGAAGGCAUCAACCGAUUAUGCAGUGAUUCUGACGCUGAAGACAACCAACCUGAAUUUAGCUCCUAUAAAGUCAGGCCAUCCUCCAAUCCUCUCAGUAAGUGA